AUGAAAUUGACAUUUAUAGGCUCUUUAAAGGAAUUGCAUAUGCUUCUUUUAAUAGAUGAAGAUGGAAAAACCAUAUUACAUUUGCAGAAUUCCAACAGAAGCCUCUCUGGUGAACUGGGAGAAAUUAAAAAGGACCUUGGUCAGUUACAAGAUAACUUAACAAUUUCAGAAAAUAUGAAUUUGCAAUUUGAAAACCAACUGAAUAAGACAAUCAGAAACUUAUCCACAGUAAUGGAUGAAAUCCACACUGUUCUCAACAAGUAUAAUGUGAAGAGUGAAGAUAAAGAUCAGAAAUCCAAGGAGAAUGGUGCAAGUGUAUGA